AUGGCUGAGGUUGCUUUAAAAUCGAUAAAAUGUGCGAAGGUCGGGAAGAAACAAUCGACUUGCUGCUAUCUUGUUUUAUCCGAAACGGGUUUGCCGCGGUUGGACUUUACAUACAGAGACGGGAAUGGCGAUCAAUUAACACUACAAUGCGAGAAUAUUACUGCAAUUGAUUUGCGGGUUGAGGCAAAAUUUGGAUCGAUUGAAGCGAUGAAAGGGACCCUUUUAGUCGAGUGUUCAGUACUUCAAACAAGGAGCCCAACCAUUGAAACGACUUCUAAUAACAAUUCAGCUCGACCAUCCUCAGAAAAAUCGUCCAAAAGUUGCCUUGUUCAAGGCACCUUUCACGUCAACGAAACCGGAGCUGUACGAGACCUUUUGAGAAAGCUACGAAGCAAUCACUUGAGCUCAAAAUUGGACAAAACUGUCAGCCAACCGAACAACCCCCAAAUUAGCCCAAAGCAUUACAAAGAGGGCCUGCCCAGUUGGGUACAGUUUAUACCACAUUAUAUAUACUCGAAACGUACACGACAAUGCAUCCAACUUGCUAUAUACAUUUACCUGGUAUUUUCUAUCAUGUGGGCUCUAUGGCAGCUGUACCGAUACGUCGAUGUUAUCCGAGAAUUCGUACGACCCCUGAUAGACUUGUUUCAGUACCAAUACCAACUCCUGGAUUAUGUAAUACAGUUCCUCAACACUCUAUUCGAGGAAUAUACAAUCCAGUGGCUUUGUUUUAUUAAACCACUUUGUACGGUAACAGCGGUAAUGUCCGCUCCAUUGUUGCAAAUACUUGGACAACUGGGUCUUGUGUUACGCAUGGUUAUCCAAAUUGUUACCAGCAGUUGCGCUUUGUUGUGGCCCCUUGUGAGACCAGUUUUAAACGUGGGCUACCAGUUGGCAUAUUUUUUAUUUACCGUUAUCCGAGCACUCAAGAAUACCCUGGUACAACUGUGGUUGCCUUUUUCGGAUAUUUCGGUACCGACGAUAAUCGGCACAUAUUUUAAAGCGGGCAAAAAUAUGCUAUGGGCGUUGUGGCAUGGCUUAGGUCAGGCACAGCUCGAUCCAAUAAAGGCACAGCUGGUGAUUGUUAGGACUACAGUCAUUCACAGUGGCAAGGCAGUGGGUUUGGGCAUGAUGCGUUUGGGGAGAAAGAUAUACAAGUUUGUAUGGUUGCGACGGUCAGCACAAGCCGAAAAAGAAGAGUAA